AUGAUAUCUGCUGCUCACGACUACCUUGGUGCUGAGGAGGUCGGGGCUGCUUCCGCUCCUAGUGGGAAGCGUCGCAGUGGCAGGGGGGGCAAGGGUGGCAGGGUAGGUGGGGGCGGCGGUGGAGGUGGCGGUGGUGCAGGCGGCGGGGGCGGUGGAGGUGGUGGGGGUGGUCGUGGGGGUGGAGGGGGUGGAGGUGGUGGUGGGGGCGGCGGAGGCACGGGGGGCGGUGGAGGGGGCAGCAGCGGCGGUGGGGGAGGAGGGAGCGGUGGUGGCAGUGGUGGCCAGGGCCGGCAGCAGCCGCAGCAGCAGCAGCGUCAGCGCCAGACCCCCACUUCCCAGCAGCUUCUUGACUGGUAUGCCGUGCGUGGGGCUUCUGGAGGUUCUGGUCGCUGCCCCUAUAUCAUCCGCACAGGUCCCCGCGCUAAUCGCCAUGCUUGCACGGUCUUCCAGUAUGCUUUCGUGUCUGGCGUUCCAGUCUGGUGA